AUGAGAAAUCUGGGGCAAAGUAGCAGACAACAUAAGCAGAAAGAGGUGGCGGCAAUCCCUUCCCCCAAGAGGCAGGGUUCCUUGAACAAGAAAUCGGUGCAAUUUGAGGAUUCCCUAUACAAAGCGAAUCAUAAGGAGGAUAGGAGGAAUGCUAGGAGAAGCCCUCGUGGUUUCAUGGUCUCUAAAUCAUCGAAGCUCAAGAUUGGGCAGAGCAGGGAGAAUAGGGGUGCUGGGGGAUUCCCAAGGAAGGCUGAAUACCGGAAGGCGCAUGGCAGUGAUCGUGGCCAAGACCGAGACUUGUAUCGGAGAAAGAAUAUGGGCCGCAGUGAUAGGCUGUCGAGGAGGGAGGAGGUACAAAUCCGAAUGGGCCAGAUACCCAGGGAAAUGAAGGACCCAGUGCGUGGUUCACAACCCUAG